GCCCGCAGAGAGGCGGCGGCGAGGAGAUCACACCACCGCGUUCUGGCGCUCUGGUCCGGGCGGCUCCCGAACCCCCACUCCCAAGUGCAGGGACGACGCUGCCUCGCCGCAGGUGCAGCCCGGAGGCAGCUCGGAUGCAGAUCUGUGGAUCCAGAAUGGCAUCUGCAGUAGCUGAGAAGUAUUUCUAGGCUCUUGGCAGCAAUUUGAUCUGAAGAUGGCAUCCAGGGUGCUGUGGGGCAGCCUCAGCCUGCUCCGCCUGGUGUGGUGUCUCCUUCCACAGACAGGCUACAUACACCCAGAUGAGUUCUUCCAGUCACCUGAGGUCAUGGCAGGGGACAUCCUGGGCGUAGAAGCCACCCGACCCUGGGAGUUUCAUCCCAGCAGCUCCUGCCGCACAGUGGUCUUCCCACUGCUGACUUCCGGGUCUGCCUUCUGGCUGCUCAGGUUCUGGGAAGAAUUGGGACUGUGGCCUGGCCCAGUGAGUGGCUAUGUGCUGCUGGUGGGGCCUCGGCUCCUCCUCACUGCCCUCUCCUUUGCCCUGGACAUGGCUGUGUACCACCUGGCCCCACUGUGGAAGGCAGAACGCUGGAACGCCCUGGUCCUGCUCUCUGGUUCCUACGUCACCCUGGUCUUCUACACAAGGACUUUCUCCAAUGCCAUCGAGGGACUGCUCUUUGCAUGGCUGCUGGUACUGGUAUCCCCACAUGUAGUUUGGAGUUCUGCACCCAAGAAGCCUGUUCCCGGCCCAUGGUGGCACAGCUGGCUUCUCGGAGGCAUCGUGGCUGCUGGCUUCUUCAACCGGCCCACCUUUCUGGCCUUUGCUCUGGUCCCUCUCCUCCUCUGGGGCAUUUGUAGAGCCACAAACACUGCCUUCAAGUCACUGACCAGGGAAGCCUUGGGGAUCCUCCCCGGAGCGACCCUCACAGCAACAGUGUUUGUGGCUGUGGACAGUUGGUAUUUCUCCAGUCCAUCUAGAUCUAGUACCCUUGUCCUUACACCUGCCAACUUCUUGCACUACAACCUGGAUCCUCAAAACCUGGCGAGGCACGGCACACAUUUGCGGCUCACUCACCUGGCAGUCAAUGGCUUCCUGCUCUUUGGGAUGCUGCAUGUCCAGGCCUUGCAGGCUGGGUGGCAACAGCUGCAUGUCUGCCUUCAGGCCUUUGUACAGAUGGGCUUCCUGAGGGUGUUGGAUGCCCGGAGCCUGCUGUUCAGCCCCAGGUCUCAUCUCCUGCUCCUCUACUUCAUGCCCCUUGCCCUGCUGUCUGCUUUUAGCCACCAGGAGGCUCGGUUCCUGAUCCCCCUUCUGGUCCCCCUGGUCCUGCUUUGUAGUCCACAGACCCAACCUGUGUCCUGCAAGGGCACGCUGGUCCUCUUCAAUGCCCUGGGUGCCCUCUUCUUCGGCUGCCUGCACCAGGGGGGCCUAGUGCCUGGCCUGGAGCACCUGGAGCGAGUGGUUCAUGCACCUGUACUCCCAAGCGUACCCACUCACUACACACUCCUCUUCAGCCACACCUACAUGCCCCCCCGGCACCUCCUACACCUCCCAGGUCUGGGGUCACCUGUGAAAGUGGUGGACAUGGGUGGAACAGAGGAUCAGGUUCUGUGCCAAGCCCUGAACAACUUCACCAGACAACCAGCCUGCCAGGUGGCUGGUGGGCCGUGGCUCUGCCGCCUUUUUGUGGUGACCCCUGGCACCACCAGGCCUGCCAUGGAGAAGUGCAGCUUUCCCCUCAAGAGUGAGACACUUGUGUUUCCCCAUUUGACCCUAGAGGACCCACCAGCCCUGUCUUCUUUGCUGAGUGGGGCUUGGAGGGACCAUCUCAGCCUUCACAUCCUGGAGCUGGGGGAGAAGCCUGACAAUGUGACAGAGAACCCACUGCCAUAGGUGAAGGCAUCACUCCACUUCCCGUGUGGGCAGCUGGGCUGGGACAGAGCCCUGACUCUCUUCCUUUCAUUUCCCUUCCAGAACUCCUACUAUAGCCUCUCCUGUGCACAGCCCUUGGCUGCUUUACCUUCUGGGUAACCUGACACCCUUUCCCCCCAAAGACCAAAGAUCUGACCAGUCAUGGUCCUGAUGCCAAGGUCCCCAAAGAACCUAGUAUACCCAAUGGCCUCUAAGGUCGGUUCCUGCCCUAUUCCUUCAGGCCACUGUGAUGUUUUAAAUAUAUGAUAGCACCUGGCUGUGAAGAGAACGAUCUGCUAAUGACAUUCCCAAACGACCUCUAAACCUUCUAGGACGCCUUACUUCUUGCUGUCAUAACAACCCUUUGGCUUCCUAGACACCUAGAAGGAGGCAGUGUGGGGAUAUAGAGGGAGUAGGUAGCACAGAUUCAGGGGACCUGAGUUCUAGUCCCUGGUCUGCCACUCACUGGCUGUGUGAUCUUAAGAAAGUCCCUGCCUUUCACCCAGCCUCUGUUUCCCAACCUGCAGCACAUGCCCCUGGCUAGACAGGCAUGUCUCUCCCAAGGCUCUUAAGCAUAGCAUUGGGUUGUUGGUGUAUUUAAUUGCACUUUGGUGCCUCCUGUCUUCAUGUUUGGUUUUUUAUCAAAAAUAGCAGUUCUGGAAUAUUCCUCUCCACUCCCUUCUACUCUUGUCCCUGAAUGAUAGUGGGACAUUUUGGCAUCUCAUCCUUUAAGGAUUAUUCUCCCAGGUCAAGGGUCAUUCUCCCUUUAAGGGCCAU